AAGUGUGAAAUGGACAAUAUCGUUGUCUCAUUCGAACGAAAUGCGUAUUGUGUGCGAAUGUCAAAUGAUUGUCAAAAAAUCCAGAAAAACCAAAAUCAAAUGUGUGAAAUUAAAUGCUAGUUAACCUUGUAUAUGAGUUUUGCAUUUUUGAAGGACAUUAAAGCGGAUAAAAAAAUAGAAAACCGAUAUAUAUCCGAUAAACUUCUAUCUACAAGAAUAACGAUACAACAUGAGUAAGUUACCGGGACUUCUUCGAUAGUUCAUUGGAAAUCGAACUCUUACACCAUCUUAAGUCAUGGAACAAAGUGUAGAUGUUGUAGACCUAGUGUCUAGCCUGUUGGAUUCAGGAAAAUACAAAGAAGCCCUUAGUGUGCCAAAUGAUGAAAAAUACGUCAACAGCUUUAAGGAUAAUUGCUGGGAUCUGAUAUCUGUUGUCAUAGGCAAGAUUCAAGAUGACACUAUUGUUAUAAAGCCAUCAUUAUAUGGUACUUGCGAAGAAUUACUUGCAAUGAUUAUACAGAAGUCUGCACCAGAGGAAGCACUUCUAGAAUUCAUAGAACAGAUAGAACUGGCUAAAAAUGAUGCUCAAUUCAGUAUUAUUUUGCAACCAUUACAACAACUGCUGAAAAAGUUGUCUGCAAAACGAGGAAGAUCACUGGAAUGGUGUUUGAAUUCCAUUAGCACAUAUAUUGAAACUAUUCCUACUCCAAACCAUCAACUGGAGGGCAAGGAACGUCUAUUGAUGGAUUCUGACAACAAUGUGAGAAGAAUUACAAAAGUUUACACUUUAGUGCCUCCAUUCUACACUCCCUUUAUCAAGGAAUUAGAUCAUGUUGAUAUGAACAUCAACACUAAACAAAUAAUAACAGCAUUUCUGAUUAGUCUUCUUGGUAAACCAUUGAUACAUAUAGACUUGGAUCCAGAUUCAAAUGGCAUGAGUGAAGCUAGACAAGCCUGCACCACCAUAAUUCAAGAUAUUUGCAUAUUAGAAAAAGAUAUUCUUAAAUUUCUGGUCUUGAUAGAAGUUUGCUACAAGGAGAGUCAUAAAACUAAGUCAAAGGCAUCAGAUGAUGAAGACGAGAGGACACCUUAUGAAAACAGAGAUAAAAUUAACAUGACUACUCUUUCUGGAUUGUUUUAUUGUGUAUUUUCAGGCCAUUUUCAAAUUCCUGAAGCAGCAUUGCCUCAAGUAUAUUCUAAUGAGUAUGUUGUCCAUACUACAAUGUUAUCUGUAGUUCAUUUGCUGAGUUGCCCUGAGUAUGGACCUCUUGCUAAAGCUAUUUCUCUGUGUAAGGCACUGCUCAAUAGAUUUUCUUCAAAUAUUACACAUAGUUUACCUGUUCCAUCAGUGCAUUAUGAUUUAAUCAAGAGUUUGGUCAAUAUUGCCAUUUAUUCAAGUUUUGAAUCAAUUCGUAAGAAUGCUGUUAAAUUGAUAGGUUCUCAUAUCAGUAAAUUUGAUUUUAAAGCAAGAUGUAUGCUCAUAAAAUAUUUACUGGAUAUUGCUAACCAUUCAGGUAUGAUUGGUUAUGCCAUUACUUUGUAUAAGAAUUCAAUUGAUGAAGCAUUCAAUAAUGACAAACUGCCAGAAUGCUUUACAGGGGCUCAGCUUAUGAACAUGAUUAAAAAAAUCUGUUACUUACCUCAUGGUGCAGAAUCUGAUAUGGUUGAGUUAGCUGACCAGAUAAUAACAGCUCUGAACUUUUUGCGAUAUCUAGCAAUAAAAGAUACAGAAAAUGCAACUGGAAUAAGAGACUGCUUUUCUACAAUUGAAACAGAUUACUUGGAAAAAUUGAGAACUGGACUGAAUAUGUCUAAAGCACAUUAUGAAGUAAAGCUUAAAGAUAUUGAAGAGGAAAAGAAUCAACCUGAAGGGAAAAUUGAGGUUUCUAUCAAUGUUGGAGGCAAUAUCUUGGAUAAAAUACCCACAGAAAACAAGAAAGAAAUUGUAAAUUCAGCACUAAAUGCCUUCCACUUGAUCGAGGGGCUCGUAGCAAGAUUGUCUGAAUGCAUAAAUAUUAAUAAACUACAAGGGCUUACAAUGGAUGUGCAAUAAAAUGAUAAUGUUUUAAUAAAUCAUUUAUUUUUUGA